AUUCAUUUCGUCCAUCGCUCUCCUCUCUCUCACUCACUCGCGCCUGCAUAACGAGCUCAAGGCCUACAUCCAAGACGGUGAAUGGAUCUUCAGCCAAAGAAUGAAAAGAAAUUGAGAAUCACUACUGAAUAUAAAGGCGAAGACAGGAUUAGCGUAUUGACAGAUGAUGUAAUUCAUCAGAUUCUCAAGUUUGUAGACACUAAAUUGGCAGUUCAAACCUGCAUUCUCUCAAAACGAUGGAAGCUUGUAUGGACUACUCUUCCUUACUUGAACUUCAAAUGGGAUGAACAGGGUUCAGCUAAAAGCACAACUAACUUUACCCGUCAUGUGUUGAAUCACCGAAACCAUCAAUCCCAGAUUUCUAGUUUGGAGCUCAAGCAUCUUCCUGCAGGCUUAAAUGAUAAGUUUAUUGAGUAUGCUAUUUUGCAUCAUGUUCAGCACUUAAGUGUUCAUUUUCGACGCAAACAUAAACCUUACAAGUUAUAUAACUUCAGCUCUAGUUCAAUUCGAAGUCUUGAAUUGAGAAUGAGGCUAGAAGAUCUUGCGUCCGAAUCAGAUUGUUGGGAUUUACCCUCUCUAACUACUCUAAACUUGAGGCAUCUACAUACUGGUCAUGUAUAUCAGAUUUUACCCGUGCGAUGUUUGACCUCUUUGCCUGCCUUGAGAACUCUGCAUCUUUCAUUUUGGAAUUUUCGAGAAUCAGCUAUAUAUUUAAGUUUGCCUGACUUGACAGCUCUCUAUCUGGACACGUGCAAAAUGCCCGAUAAAGUUUGGAAUCUUCCUGCUCUUAAAACUUUAAGACUCGAAGAUGUAAAAUUUCCUGGAAAUACGAGUGACACACUUGCUGCAUUUGUUAGUCUACAAAAUCUCACACUAGACAUGGCGUAUGCGCAUGAAGAUUUUUUCAUAACUUGUCCUGAAUUGGUAAACCUGGAGAUCAGGACUAGUCUGAGCUACUGUGAUACUGAUACCAUUGAGGGUAACAUUAUGGUUUUGUCACCAAAGCUCAGCAAUUUCACUUCUGUUGGUUUCUUUCCAAUCACAUUUGGAGCUUCUAAUUUGGACAAUGUAUAUCUGAAAUUACGGGGUUGGCUGAACUAUACCAACUCCUCGAGGAAUAAAUUGAAAGUGUACUUUAGACGGAUUACACAUAUGUUAUCAGGCCUUGGUAGUGCAAAGAUUCUUCAUCUAGAGUUGGAAACCAUAAGAGCACUUUCUUUGAUUGCCGACAUUCUUGCAAGUUCUCCUUCUCCAUUCUGUAACUUGAAGUGUGUGAUGCUACCACAUGGAUUUAAAGAAGAAAAUUUAUCUGGUUCUCUACGAAGCUACUUAUUUGGUGGCUCUCCAACUGCCACCAUUUUGACGACAACACGCCAGAAUAUGAUUCCUUGUACACCGGCAGCUUCUAUGACAGCUGUGGACAAUGACAUGGUUGUAAAUGAUGGUAUUCCUGUUGAAGGGACGCACAAUGAUCAGGUUAGCUCUUCCAGGGAGAAUAUUCAUUUGUGGUUAUGGCAAGGCAAUGAAAUCGACUCCAAGUUUGAAGGUCUACUCAAUCAGAUUAUGAAUAAGUACCCGGAAACCUUUGAACACCUUGCCACCAAAAACAAGAAGUUUUGUACAAUGAAGUUGAAUAUGUUGUGCACCGCUGUAAAUGACUUUAUCAAAAUCCCUGUGACUGAGGUUGAUCCUGAGAUAAUUGGAGAGUACAGGGACGUAUUUGCUGACUUGCAGAAGUUGGGAUUCAAUGUAAGUUGGCUUGUAACCCGUCUGAUUAACAUAGAACAGCUCCGGUUUUCACAGUCCCCACUCCCCAAGCUUCACGCAGUUGACUGUCAUAAUGAUGACGGCCAAAGUCAAUUACAAGAUUUGCAAAUCCGUAUUGAUGAUGCCAAAAUUAAAUUGCAAGGUCUACAAACUCUCCGUGCUAAGAAGAUGCAACAGCUUCAGAAGGCUUUUGAAACUAUGGAUGCAAAUCCUGCUGUUGGAUAUGUUGGAGAUAAUCUAUUUGAUCCCUAAACUUCACCUAAUUUGUUGUGUGUUUUAAAAUAGUCAGUUUCGAACCCUUAGUAUCUUGUCUGUUGUUUGGUAAUCGAUCUGCUACUUCUGUACUAUCAUGCUCAUUAACAUUGUAUUAGAGCGUCUGUGUUUUGUUCCUACUGACUUUGUAUCAAAAUGUUGUACUGUUGUUGGUA